AUGUCCCACUCACAUACCCAUGCUCCUGGCGAGACCCACUCUCAUUCCCAUGGACCACCUCAGCAACCACCCCAACCGACCGUGGACCCUAAACUCCAGGCUCUAAUUGAUGCCGACUUUCAGCCUGUCGCUUUGAAUCUACAGGAUAGUGUACUGGCUCUUUGUGGCUCUCAUUCACUCGAGAAAUGCACCGAAUGUGGGGUCGACUACGUGAAUCUGAACCGAAUGUCUCGUUUGCUCGCCCAGAAUCCGACAGUCCCAUUCCCUCCACCGCCGCAGAUGGUCACUAAAAACCUUUCGACUAUGGUGACCAGCACAAAGGACGAAGGAAAUGCCUUCUUCAAAACUGGCAAAUACGUUGAUGCCAUUCGCAAAUACACCACCGCAUCCUCCUAUGCCGUUCAACGACCACCCUGGGAGCAGAACGGGCUCAUGCGAGAAGAGCUCUCCAUCGUCAUCUCAAACCGCUCUGUCGCUUUCCUGGAGGCUAAGGACUAUAUUUCCGCGUUGGCGGAUGCGGAGCUCGUGAUUCAGUUACGGAGGUCUUGGGGCAAAGGUCAUCUCCGGAAAGCCAAGGCAUUACAGGCUAUGGGCCAGUUGAAGGAUGCAGCGGAGGCUUUGAAGUUGGGCCUGGCAUUCGAUCCUUCGAACGCGGAACUUUUGAGCUUUCUGGCCGAACUUACCACUGCUCAAGAGUCGUAG